CUAAUCUCCGAUCACAAAUUCGCCAACAAGCAUCUUAGUCUUUCAACCACACAAACCCUCCACUUCAUAAGCAAACCUCUUAAUAUACACGUCUUACUCAAAUCUUACUCACUAGACUCCAUCUUGACCAACAUCACGCAGACUCCUUUUCCUUUUCCUGACAGUUAUGUUUUCUUCGCCGGAUCUUGCAAUGGCAUCCUUUGUCUUGUAAAUGAUAGCGAAGACUUGCUUGUGUUUCAACUGUGGAACCCUACCAUUAGAAAAUUUAAAGAAUUGCCGCCACUUAUUAGUGAACCACCAUAUUAUCCGUCGAUGUAUGGAUUUGGAUAUGAUUCAAUUAGUGAUACUUACAAGGUUGUGGUUGUUUUUAGUGAUUUAACUCAUGAUGAUUUAACCAUAGAUGAAUUGAUGAAUGAAGUGAAUCGUGAAGUAAUGGUUCAUACUUUGGGUACCGAUUCAUGGAAAAAUGUUUCAGAGUUUCCUUUUGCUUUUGUUUCUUAUUGCCAAUAUGGGCAACAUGUGACUGGCACAAUUAAUUGGUUGAUUUUUGCGGGGAUCAACAGGGUUAUUGCUUCUUUUGAUUUGGGGAAAGAGUGUUAUCGAGAGGUUUUGCUACCAGAUGAUUCUAGUAAGGUAGAUAACAAUAAAUUACUCUUAAGUGUUUUCAGGGAUUGCCUGUGCAUGAUUUCUGGUGAAGAUGUUUGGGUUAUGAAAGAAUAUGGAAAUAAAGAGUCUUGGACUAAAUUGUUCACUAUUUCUUCCAUGCGAGAUCCUCGUGCAUCGUCUUAUCCCUUUAUUUGGCCAAUACGUGUUUUUGAAGAUGAACAAGUGCUGAUGAUAUAUAGAGAGGAUGAGAGAUGGGGAUAUAUUUCUUACAAUUAUAAAAAUGACACUUCAAAGUUUCUUGACUUCGAAAUCACCCGACAAGACAUUUGAGAAGUCUGCGUUGAGAGUUUGAUAUCACCUUAUUUUUAAUGUUAGGAUCUAGAUGUGGUGUUAUGUCACUUGAACAUUAGAUUUAAAUAGAACUUAUAUGGUUAAUUUCUAGUUAUGAUAUUUAUUUUGCACUUGUUCUUUUGAUUAUUGGUUUCUUCAUGAAUCACUCUUAAAUUAUUUA